CCUCAGUACUACACCUCAGUACUACACCAGGGGCACCUCAGUACUACACCAGGGGCACCAGGGGCACCUCAGUACUACACCAGGGGCACCAGGGGCACCUCUGUACUACACCAGGGGCACCUCAAUACUACACCAGGGGCACCUCUGUACUACACCAGGGGCACCUCAGUACUACACCAGGGGCACCUCAAUACUACACCAGGGGCACCUCAAUACUACACCAGGGGCACCUCAGUACUACACCAGGGGCACCUCAGUACUACACCAGGGGCACCUCAGUACUACACCAGGGGCACCUCAGUACUACACCAGGGGCACCUCAGUACUACACCAGGGGCACCUCAGUACUACACCAGGGGCACCAGGGGCACCUCAGUACUACACCAGGGGCACCAGGGGCACCUCAAUACUACACCAGGGGCACCUCAGUACUACACCAGGGUCCGUUCAGAAGGGCACAACAUUGUAGAAUGUUCAUAUAGAAAUAUAUUAUGUAGAACAAACAUGUUUCUCUGUCACAUAAAAUAAGUAAUCCCAUCAGCUCUAUUUAUGACAGCCUACAGAGCUGUGGUGAAUUGUAUCUUACUCUGCCCCCUGCAGGCCAAACUGAAGAAGCACAUCCAGAACCCCAGCGCUUCUGAACUUGUGCACUUCCUCUUUGGCCCCCUGGACCUGGUAAGAACCUGACUGAUACACACACACACACACACACACACACACACACACACACACAGUCACAAUCCAUGGCACACCCUCCCAACCGUUGAAUGAUAUUAACCACACCGGAGCAGUGUGAUUUCACUCACCACAGUUCCAUAAUGAUUUACCUAACCUCUCUCAUUCAUCCAACCACGCCUGUAUACUGUCCUGGAUACUGUCCUGGAUACUGUCCUGGAUACUGUCCUGGAUACUGUCCUGGAUACUGUCCUGGAUACUGUCCUAGAUACUGUCGUGGAUACUGUCCUAGAUACUGUUGUGGAUACUGUCCUGGAUACUGUCCUGGAUGGAUACUGUCCUGGAUACUGGAUACUGUCCUAGAUACUGUCGUGGAUACUGUCGUGGAUACUGUCGUGGAUACUGUCCUAGAUACUGUCCUGGAUACUGUCCUGGAUACUGUCCUGGAUGGAUACUGUCCUGGAUGGAUACUGUCCUGGAUGGAUACUGUCCUGGAUAGAAAAUGUCCUGGAUACUGUCCUGGAUACUCUCCUAGAUUCUGUCCUGGAUACUGUCCUAGAUACUGUCGUGGAUACUGUCCUGGAUACUGUCCUGGAUACUGUCCUAGAUACUGUCCUGGAUGGAUACUGUCCUGGAUACUGUCCUAGAUACUGUCCUGGAUGGAUACAGUCCUGGAUACUGUCCUGGAUACUGUCCUGGAUACUGUCCUGGAUACUGUACAGGUAGAUGUGUGACCUCUAACCUUUGACUUCUAGGUGCUCCGGUCCUGUGGCAGUCCAGAGCUUCCCCGCUCCGUGGUCUCCCCUCACUUAUCCAGAGAUGCAGUAGACUUCCUGAGAGGUCAUCUGUCGCCUAAAGAGAUGACUGUCUUUGAACUGCUGGGAGACGGGUGGACAAGACCUAGGUACUAGAGGGAGGGUGUGGGGUGUGUGUGUGUGUGUGUGUGUGUGUGUGUGUGUUUGCGUGUGUGUUAGACAAAUAUGAAGAACACAAUAAGUAAGUAAGCAUACUAUAUACAGGGUCAGUUCAAUACCAUAUUAACAAUGUGCAGGGAUACUGGAGUGAUAGAGGUAGAUAUGUAUAGGGGUAAGGUGACUAUAUACAGGGUCAGUUGUAGGGCGCUGUGAGUGUGCAUAGACAGUGCAAAAAUCAGAAUAAAAGGUCAAUAAGAUACAAGGUUAACUCAGAUAGCCCGUGUCCCUGUUUGUAAAUAUUAGAUGUAUUACAUGUAUUCAUCUGAAAUCUGAAAAAUAUUUAAUUUUAUUUUUACCUUUAUUUAAUUAGGCAAGUCAGUUAAGAACUAAUUCUUAUUUACAAUGACGGCCUGCACUGGCCAAACCCAGACGACGCUGGGUCAAUUGUGCGUCACCCUAUGGGACUCCCAAUCACGGCCCGGUUGUGAUACAGCCUGGAAUCGAACCAGGGAGUCUGUAGUGACGCCUCAAGCACUGAGAUGCAGUGCCUUAGACCGCUGCGCCACUCGGUCUGUAGUGACGCCUCAAGCACUGAGAUGCAGUGCCUUAGACCGCUGCGCCACUCGGCCUGUAGUGACGCCUCAAGCACUGAGAUGCAGUGCCUUAGACCGCUGCGCCACUCGGUCUGUAGUGACGCCUCAAGCACUGAGAUGCAGUGCCUUAGACCGCUGCGCCACUCGGCCUGUAGUGACGCCUCAAGCACUGAGAUGCAGUGCCUUAGACCGCUGCGCCACUCGGCCUGUAGUGACGCCUCAAGCACUGAGAUGCAGUGCAGCUGUGCCACUCGGGAGCAGCGGUCUAAGGUCAGUCAUCCCUCUACAUUUAGAGAUGGGAGUGAUUGUUAUGCUAUUAUCCAAUUGGUAACACUUUAUCUAAAGCCUGCUGUUAAGCCUGCAACUUAUAAUAAUGUAUACAUUGUUAUAAGCUUGUGUGAGCCUUUAUAAUGUCUUAUAGGGCUUGUCAGAUGUCAUGUCCAGUGUGGUAAACUCUGAUCGUCGGUCGGGGUGAAAUAAAUAAUGCUUUCAAUGCCCUCCACUACACCUCUGGUUAUGUCUCUGUUUACCCUCCACUACCCCCCUGGUUAUGUCUCUCUGUUUACCCUCCACUACCCCCCUGGUUAUGUCUCUCUGUUUACCCUCCACUACCCCCCUGGUUAUGUCUCUCUGUUUACCCUCCACUACACCCCUGGUUAUGUCUCUCUGUUUACCCUCCACCACACCCCUGGUUAUGUCUCUCUGUUUACCCUCCACUACACCCCUGGUUAUGUCUCUGUUUACCCUCCACUACACCCCUGGUUAUGUCUCUCUGUUUACCCUCCACUACACCCCUGGUUAUGUCUCUGUUUACCCUCCACCACACCCCUGGUUAUGUCUCUCUGUUUACCCUCCACUACACCCCUGGUUAUGUCUCUGUUUACCCUCCACUACACCCCUGGUUAUGUCUCUCUGUUUACCUCCACUACCCCCCUGGUUAUGUCUCUCUGUUUACCCUCCACUACACCCCUGGUUAUGUCUCUCUGUUUACCCUCCACUACACCCCUGGUUAUGUCUCUCUGUUUACCCUCCACUACACCCCUGGUUAUGUCUCUGUUUACCCUCCACUACCCCCCCUGGUUAUGUCUCUCUGUUUACCCUCCACUACACCCUGGUUAUGUCUCUGUUUACCCUCCACUACCCCCCUGGUUAUGUCUCUGUUUACCCUCCACUACCCCCCUGGUUAUGUCUCUCUGUUUACCCUCCACUACACCCCUGGUUAUGUCUCUCUGUUUACCCUCCCACUACACCCCUGGUUAUGUCUCUGUUUACCCUCCACUACCCCCUGGUUAUGUCUCUCUGUUUACCCUCCACUACACCCCUGGUUAUGUCUCUCUGUUUACCCUCCACUACCCCCCUGGUUAUGUCUCUGUUUACCCUCCACUACACCCCUGGUUAUGUCUCUCUGUUUACCCUCCACCACACCCCUGGUUAUGUCUCUGUUUACCCUCCACUACACCCCUGGUUAUGUCUCUGUUUACCCUCCACUACCCCCCUGGUUAUGUCUCUCUGUUUACCCCCCACUACCCCCCUGGUUAUGUCUCUCUGUUUACCCUCCACUACACCCCUGGUUAUGUCUCUCUGUUUACCCCCCACUACCCCCCUGGUUAUGUCUCUCUGUUUACCCCCCACUACACCCCUGGUUAUGUCUCUCUGUUUACCCUCCACUACCCCCCUGGUUAUGUCUCUCUGUUUACCCUCCACUACACCCCUGGUUAUGUCUCUCUGUUUACCCUCCACUACACCCCUGGUUAUGUCUCUCUGUUUACCCUCCACUACACCCCUGGUUAUGUCUCUCUGUGUCAACAUUUCAACCAAGUCAAAAUGCCUGGUAUUUCGCCACCACUCCCUUGCAGAGCGGACUGGCCGCGGGACAAGUGUGCUCCUAUCUACCUCCCUAAGUUCAGGAACGGGUGGGAGCCCCCAGCUGAGCUGUUCAGGACCUCCCCGUGGGAGACAGAGGGAUCAGUGGAACCCCCCAUGUCCUUCAUGUCCUCCAUGUCCAACCCCCUGCCCCCCCACAAGUCAGACGAGGUGAGAUGGAGGAGUUUGGUCAGUAGAAAAACAGCUGUCCAUUUCAGUCUUAUAGUAAACCUCCCAGACAUCCAUUGUUACAUUGUUACAUUGUUACAUUUCUUCAGUGACAUUUCUUGUCGCUCAUAAGAUCUUUUUGGUUUUCAAAUUCUGUUUUAUGAUGCAGGUUUGAAUACUUUCAGCUAUUUCAUAGAGUUCAGGGGGUUACAAUAGUCAGACAUACACAAUACCAGUCCAUAACAUCACUUUACAAUGAUAAUAAAAUCAUCUCCCUCUUUCAGUUUUUUGGAACCCAGUCUUCAAGCUCAUCAAAUGGGUCAGUUUAUGAUAUUUUUCAAAAUUCACAAAUGAUUUCUAGCUACUGUGAUUCUCCGUCACAGCACACGCUGCUACUUUUCUCAUUGUUGUUAUUUCUUGAGCUGUAACCUGUAACUCUACAGACAUGUUAAGACUGACUCUGUGACACGUGUCUCCUGUCUCAGGUCCUACAACGGUCUGGCGUCCUCGUCCCGUAAAUAUGCUAAGAUCUGCUACCACUUUGUGGCCCGCAACGCCAGCGAACUGUCAGUACUGCAAGACGAGGUCCUAGAGGUACGACAUCUAUAUUAUAAUACUGUCAGUACUGAAGGAGGAGGUGCUAGAGGUACGACAUCUAUAUUAUAAUACUGUCAGUACUGCAGGAGGAGGUGCUAGAGGUACGACAUCUAUAUUAUAAUACUGUCAGUACUGCAGGAGGAGGUGCUAGAGGUACGACAUCUAUAUUAUAAUACUGUCAGUACUGCAGGAGGAGGUGCUAGAGACAUCUAUAUUAUAAUACUGUCAGUACUGCAGGAGGAGGUGCUAGAGACAUCUAUAUUAUAAUACUGUCAGUACUGCAGGAGGAGGUGCUAGAGACAUCUAUAUUAUAAUACUGUCAGUACUGCAGGAGGAGGUGCUAGAGACAUCUAUAUUAUAAUACUGUCAGUACUGCAGGAGGAGGUGCUAGAGACAUCUAUAUUAUAAUACUGUCAGUACUGCAGGAGGAGGUGCUAGAGACAUCUAUAUUAUAAUACUGUCAGUACUGCAGGAGGAGGUGCUAGAGACAUCUAUAUUAUAAUACUGUCAGUACUGCAGGAGGAGGUGCUAGAGGUACGACAUCUAUAUUAUAAUACUGUCAGUACUGCAGGAGGAGCUAGAGGUACGACAUCUAUAUUAUAAUACUGUCAGUACUGCAGGAGGAGGUGCUAGAGACAUCUAUAUUAUAAUACUGUCAGUACUGCAGGAGGAGGUGCUAGAGGUACGACAUCUAUAUUAUAAUACUGUCAGUACUGGAGGAGGAGGUGCUAGAGGUACGACAUCUAUAUUAUAAUACUGUCAGUACAGGCUUUAUUUUAUUUAUUUUUUAAAGCAGUGGGGCAGUCCCACCCCUUAGAUAUUUGUUUCUUUAUUGAAUACGGCAGUUAAGAGAGGAAAGAUAGAGGAGAGCGAGUGCUGAAAUAGCAGUGGGUCGGAUUCAAACCCAUUCUGCAUUGGUGUAUGUGUUCCGGAGGCAGCGGCUUAGACCGCUUGACUAGGCCACUGUAUAGGAUUUGAUUGAACCUUUUUUUUUUUUUUACCAGCUUGACCCGUUAACAUUUACAUUUACAUUUACGUCAUUUAGCAGACGCUCUUAUCCAGAGCGACUUACAGUUAGUGCAUACAUUAUUCUUUUUUAUUUUCAUACUGCCCCCCCGUGGGAAUCGAACCCACAACCCUGGCGUUGCAAACGCCAUGCUCUACCAACUGAGCUACCUCCCUGCCGGCCAUUCCCUCCCCUACCCUGGACGACGCUGGGCCAAUUGUGCGCCGCCCCAUACAGCAGAGCCUGGAUUCGAACCAGGAUCUCUAGUGGCACAGCUAGCACUGCGAUGCAGUGCCUUAGACCACUGCGCCACUCGGGAGGUUAGGGUUAACAUUCCUCCUUUAGCAAGAUAACCUAUAACUGUCAGCUUGAAGGGGUGGGACGUCACAGAACAUUCUGUUUAUUACCAUAGACUUCCUUCUGAUGCUUUUGUCAGCGUUGGGAGAGUGGGUUAUGACAUCAGUUAUUCACACAGCUUCUAUGGACACAUAUACCGUGCCUUCAGAAAGUAUUCAUACCCCUUGAUUUAUUCCACAUUUUGUGUUACAACCUUAAUUCAACAUGGAUUAAAAAAUAUAUAUUUUUCUCAUCCAUCUACCCACAAUACCCCAUAAUGACAAAGUGAAAACAUGUUUUUUUAGAAAUGUUAGCAAAUGUAUUGAAAAUGAAAUACAGAAACAUAUCAUUUACAUAAGUAUUCACACCCCUGAGUCAAUACAUGUUAGAAUCACCUUUGGCAGCGAUUACAGCUGUGAGUCUUUCUGGGUAAGUCUCUAAGAGCUUUUCACACCUGGAUUGUACAAUUUUUGCACAUUAUUCUUUUAAAUAUUCUUCAAACUCUGUCAAGUUGGUUGUUGAUCAUUGCUAGACAGCCAUUUUCAAGUCUUGCCAUAGAUUUUCAAGCCAUUUUGUAACUCGGCCACUCGGGAACAUUCGAUGUCGCCUUGGUGAGCAACUCCAGUGUAGAUUUGGCCUUUUGUUUUAGGUUAUUGUCCUGCUGAGAUUUAAAUUAUGCAGGCGAACAAUGUGAGCUAUCGUGAAAAUAAUGCUGAAAAUAUUUCACAAAUCUUAACCAUUAGUAAAAUUGACCACAGAAUUGGUAUACAAACUGAAUACAUGAAGUCAUUGGUUUAAGAAUGAUUACCUGGUGCAUUUAAAGAUAAAUAACCUACAGCACUAGACUGAACUUCACCCGCGUCAUCCUUGUGGUGUUGAGAUAAAUACAUAUCAUCGUCAUCGUCAUCAUCAUCAUCAUCAUCAUCACCAUCAUCAUCAUCAUCAUCAUCAUCAUCAUCAUUAUUAUUAUGUCAUUGUGGCUUUGCAGGUGUUGGAGGACGACAGGCAGUGGUGGAAACUGAGGAACAGGAGCGGCCAGUCAGGAUACGUCCCCGCCAACGUACUGGACGUGGUCAAACUGGAGGAACCAUAUGGCAUGGCUGAUCCCCUCUAUAGCCAGGUAACAUUAUACACACAUACACACACAUACACACACACACACACACGCAUACACACACACACACACACACACUCACUCAUACACACACACACACACACACACACACACACACACACACACACACACACACACACACACACACACACACACAUAUGCAUUCACCCACCCACCCACAAAAUCUAGUGUGGGUUAGUUAGCUAGCUACAGAGCCACACACAUAUAUACACACACACACACACACACAUACACACACACACACACGCAUACACACACAUACACACACACACACACGCAUACAAACACACACACACAUGCAUACCAACACGCACACACACACACACACACACGCACAUACAAACACACACACACAUACAAACACACAUAUGCAUGCACCCACCCACCCACACACACACACACACACACACACACAUGUAUGCACGCACACAUACACACACAAACACACACAUACAAACAUGUUGUUUUACACUCAUAAAUGCAGUGUGUAGACCUUUAAUUAUGUACACACCUUUGUACUGCUAAAACACAACACACACACACCGUCAUGCUACCAACCCUCCAUUCUGUACCAACCUACCAGUUAUAAGGCAAUACAUCCUGUCAACAGGGAUUAGAACCCAGCGACCUUUCGGUUACUGGCACAACGCUCUUAACCACUAAAGCUACCUGUCUAUAACAUGUCUUCCUCUCUGUCUCCUCUGCGUGUGACCGUGGACCGCCAGGCUAGCCAGCCCUACAGCCCCACCUCUCCCUCCAGCUCUCUAGGAAGAGGGGAGAGCUUUGACAUGGGCCGCUCCAAAGACUGUGAGUCUCUUACAGCCGUGUAGGCCGUCUGAGGUGCCAGGCCCACCCAAUCAGAUUGAGUGUUUUCAAAUGGGGACAUUAUUAGUCUUUUUUUUUUUACCUAAAAAAUGCAAACACCAUCAGAUAGAAUUCAUAGCAAGCAGUGCCACUGGAUUGACAUUCACUCUCCUGGGAUGGGGUUGCCAAAAAUAACUAACUGAAAGCCACACCCCCAAUAAGACAGGAAUAUGACUGCAUUGAGGCUGUAUGUCACUGUGCUUCUAUUGCUACUGACUACUGCAUCUGUUCAUUUAGCAAACAAGAUAAAUGUUCUCUCAGCAUCAUGGCAAAAUGUGUAGAAUAGCAUGAGAUCAGCUAUAAAACUGCACCUUUUCCUCUUUGCCACAGGGCCCACCCAGAUUUCUGUAGACCUACCCACCAACUAAUUUCUGUCUAUGAUACUGGUCUCUUAGGUUUCAUUUCCUACUAAACAAUCUAGAUAACUGCUUAUCUUAGCUAUCUGAGCUAUCUUAGCUUCAAUGCUUUUACAAGUUUUCUCAUCUUAGCUAAGAGGACCUCAGCCCUUGUAGAUAAGUAGGAAUGCCAUCUAAACAGUACUUCCUCCUUACAUCUGUUAGGCGAGGGAGGGAGGAGUUUCGUUCAGAGAAAGACUAUCUCUACUGGCUUCUUCUCUCUCUCUCGGCUCUCUCUCUCUCUGUUGUCUCUCGCCUCUUCUGAUCUCAGCUUCCUAUGAUCUAUCUCUCGAGCUGUCUCCAGAAGAGCAUGAGCAGAGCGGAUGCAGAGACGAUCUACUGGGACAAGAGAGAAUCCUGAGAGGCGGAGAGGCGUACUUCGGCUAGAGGAGCGGCGAGAAGAGAGAUCUCUCUCGUCCCUCUCUCUCUCGCUCAUUCUCCUUAUCCCUCCCCUCCCUUGUCUCCCUCUUACAUCUCACCAUGCUCCUACUUUCUGUCUCUCUGUCCUAACCCUACCUCCUCUCCCCCAGCUCGACUCAUCCAGAUCGAUGAGUUGAAUCGCCAUGUGUCUUAAAGUGAUCACUAGUUCAUAUGUCCAGCUAUCCUUUCUGCGUAACCUUCAGUCCGUACUCCCUCACUACAGUCCUCCCCUCUUUCAGCUCUACAGCCCACCAAGGUCACCGCCUCUCAAUCUUCAAGCAUCUCACUCGUUCUGUGACAUCACACACCAUCCAUCACCACCAACACCACAACACACAGGCACGUUCACAAUGUUAUGAUCUCUUUACCAUUUGAGCAAAUAGCGUCGUAGGAGCAGUGAGAACAAGUUUACAAAGCUGACUGAUACCUGUGGUGUAUCAUGCUUUAUGUCUGGUCAUUCAGUAGCUAUCGUGUCCGUUACUUUGGUUAUUGGCUCAGUUACCUUUUUUAGGUCCCCUUUCUCUGAUUAGUCAUAAUUCUAUUUAUAACUAGGCUAUUCGUAUCUAAAUAUUAUGUUCAUGCUUAAAGCUAGUUUCGUAUGGAGAUGUGUUCAUCUAAUGGUAUGAUUCCGUUUACAAUCUGUAUUUCGCGCUAUGCGUUCGUUAUUCUCUCUAGACUGGGUUCUCCUUAUUGGCUGGAUUUGUUUCUGUUUUGUUGGAUUCUGCUCGGGGUCUGUGUGCCUGUUCUUUGGUGGGUUUAUUUGUCUGCGCUCCCGGUACUGUUCUUCUUGGUUCUGUUUUGUGUCUCGUCCCUGCUUUCUGCGUGGGGGGGGCUUUUCGUGGGGGGGCCGGGGCGCGGGCGGAAAAAAAAUAAAAAAACACCAAAACACAACAACCAAAAACCCCAACAACAAAACUCUCUCCUCCUCCACCAUAACUGCCUUCUUCGCUCUCUCGCUAUCGCGCGCGCGCGCGCUCGCGUCUCUGAAAAAACCGCUGGCGGGCCCGCGCGGCCCGCCGCCGAAGCGGCCCGCGGCGAAAACAAACAAAAAAAAAAAAAAAAGAAAAAAACAGAAAAAAAAUAAAACAAAUGGCGGCGGCGUUGGGAAACACACAAAGUCGGCCUGGCGGCGGCGCGGCCAAAACAAAAAAAAAAAAAACAAAAAAAAAAAACAAAAACAACGCCCGGCGAAUAGAGAAGGGAGGAGCAAAAACCACACAGCGGAGUGAGGGAAAAGAAGGGAAAGAUCAGAAUAUAGCAGGGAGAAGAGGGCGAGAAAGAAAAAAGAUAAGGAAGAGAGAGGGAGGCGAGGGGGGACAAGGGGGAGAGGGGGGGCGGAUCUUCUCUUCAUAUGCUAUUCUCUCUCUCAUCUCUCUCUCUCUCUCCCCCUCUCCCUCGUCCCUCUCCCUCUUCCCUCUCCGCUCUCCCUCGUCACUCUCUCCCUCUCACCAUCUCUCUGUCUCUGUCUCUCUGUCUCACCCCUCCCCCUCCCCAGCUCGGACACACCAGAUGAUGAGGUGGAAUGAUGAGUUGUUGAAGAGGAUCACUAGUAAUAAGUCUCAGCUUCCAGCCCGUAACUUCAGGGUGGAGCGUCCCUCAGGCAGCAGCUCCGCUCCCCUCACUUUCAGCUCCAGCCCACCACAGGUCACCGCCUGGCUCAACACCAAGGGAUUCACUAAACCGUGAGACACCACACACACACACACCACACACCACACACCACACACACACAGCAUCAGUUAACAAUGUUUUAUACUUUUACCAUUUUGAGAAAAAGUGAGGAGGAGAAAGUGAGAAAAGUGACAAAGUGCUGUGACCUGUUGGUGUUAUCAUGCUUUAUGAUCGGGUCAUCAGUUAGCUCAUGGGGUUAUAAUGCGGGGGGGGGGCAUUUAUGAUCCUGGCAUCAGUUAGCUUAAUGUGUUAUCAUGCUUUAUGAUCUGGUCACAGUAGAUCAUGGUGUUAUCAUGCUUAUGAUAUGGUAAUCAGUUAGCUCAUUGUGUUCUCAUGCUUUAUGAAUAUAGAGUCAUCAGUAGUCAUUGGGUUAUCAUGCUUUAUGAUUAGGUAAUCAGUUCGCUCAUUGGUGUUAUAUGCUUUAUGAUCUGGUCAUCAGUUAGCUCAUGGUGUUAUCAUGCUUUAUGAUCUGGUCAUCAGUUAGCUCAUGGUGUUAUCAUGCUUUAUGAUCUGGUCAUCAGUUAGCUCAUGGUGUUAUCAUGCUUUAUGAUCUGGUCAUCAGUUAGCUCAUGGUGUGAUCAUGCUUUAUGAUCUGGUCAUCAGUUAGCUCAUGGUGCGAUUAAGGUCGCUGUCAGUUCCAUUUCAGUUAAAUCAAUUCCGAACGUAAACUAAUCAAAGUUUCAGUUGUACAUCAUGAAAUUGCUGAAUGGGAAAUGGAUGAACCGGAUCUGUAUUUUACUAUUGUACUGAGAAUAUUCUGUCUGUGUGCCUGGCCCCUCAGGAAUGGGUAUAGAGCAUUAUGGGUAAUAUAGUCUCUGUUCCCUACAGGGCGGUGGAAUGUCUGGGUAUAGAGAAUUAUGGGUAAUGUAGUCUUGUUCCCUACAGAGGCUGGUGGAUGGAAGUGUCUGGGUAUAGAGAGGGUAUAGGAAUUAUGGGUAAUUAGUCUCUGUUCACCUACAGGACGGUUGGAGUGUCUGGGGAUCCUGACCCGGUUGCUCAGCUUAUCUCUAUGAUGAACAAGAGGAACUGAAGGCAGUGUGUGGAGACGGGGGACUACCAGGGUCUACAUGCCAGACCACCGUGCAGAAAGCCCAGCUUGCGAGGUCUCUGUCAUAUAUAAACACACACCCAACACUGCUUGUUUUAAGGGCUUGCGACCCACAUCUAUUUGGGCCUUUUUAGGUUGGUGUAAGUGGAUGAACUAUGGUUACAUUGCGUACAGUAAAUGUAACAGAAGUACACAUACACUGAACAAAAAUAUAUAUGCAACAUGUAAAGUGUAAACCACGCCAGCCCAUGUUUCAUCAGCUGAAAUAAAACAUCCCAGAAAUGUAAUACACUACUCAAAAAAAUUAAGGGAACACUUAAACAACACAAUGUAACUCUAAGUCAAUCACACUUCUGUGAAAUCAAACUGUCCACUUAGGAAGCAACACUGAUUGACAAUACAUUUCACAUGCUGUUGUGCAAAUGGAAUAGACAACAGGUGGAAAUUAUAGGCAAUUAGCAAGACACCCCCAAUAAAGGACUGGUUUUGCAGGUGGUGACCACAGACCACAUUUCAGUUCCUAUGCUUCCUGGCUGAUGUUUUGGUCACUUUUGAAUGCUGGCGGUGCUUUCACUCUAGUGGGUAGCAUGAGACGGAGUCUACAACCCACACAAAGUGGCUCAGGUUAGUGCAGCUCAUCCAGGAUGGCACAUCAAUGUGAGCUGUGGCAAGAAGGUUUUCUGUGUCUGUCAGCGUAGUGUCCAGAGCAUGGAGGCGCUACCAGGAGACAGGCCAGUACAUCAGGAGACGUGGAGGAGGCCGUUAGGAGGGCAACAACCCAGCAGCAGGACUGCUACCUCCGCCCUUUGUGCAAGGAGGAGCAGGAGGAGCACUGCCAGAGCCCUGCAAAAUGACCUCCAGCAGGCCACAAAUGUGCAUGUGUCUGCUCAAACGGUCAGAAACAGACUCCAUGAGGAUGGUAUGAGGGCCCGACGUCCACAGGUGGGGGGUUGUGCUUAAGCCCAACACCGUGCAGGACAUUUGGCAUUUGCCAGAGAACACCAAGAUUGGCAAAUUCGCCACUGGCGCUCUAUGCUCUUCACAGAUGAAAGCAGGUUUCAACACUGAGCACGUGACAGACGUGACAGAGUCUGGAGACGCCGUGGAGAACGUUCUGCUGCCUGCAACAUCCUCCAGCAUGGACGGGUUUGGCGGUGGGUCAGUCAUGGUGUGGGGUGGCAAUUUCUUUGGGGGGGCCGCACAGCCCUCCAUGUGCUCGCCAGAGGUAGCCUGACUGCCAUUAGGUACCGAGAUGAGAUCCUCAGACCCCUUGUGAGACCAUAUGCUGUGCGGUUGGCCCUGGGUUCCUCCUAAUGCAAGACAAUGCUAGACCUCAUGUGGCUGGAGUGUGUCAGCAGUUCCUGCAAGAGGAAGGCAUUGAUGCUAUGGACUGGCCCGCCCGUUCCCCAGACCUGAAUCCAAUUGAGCACAUCUGGGACAUCAUGUCUCGCUCCAUCCACCAACGCCACGUUGCACCACAGACUGUCCAGGAGUUGGCGGAUGCUUUAGUCCAGGUCUGGGAGGAGAUCCCUCAGGAGACCAUCCACCACCUCAUCAGGAGCAUGCCCAGGCGUUGUAGGGAGGUCAUACAGGCACAUGGAGGCCACACACACUACUGAGCCUCAUUUUGACUUGUUUUAACGACAUUACAUCAAAGUUGGAUCAGCCUGUAGUGUGGUUUUCCACUUUAAUUUUGAGGGUGACUCCAAAUCCAGACCUCCAUGGGUUGAUACAUUUGAUUUCCAUUGAUAAUUUUUGUGUGAUUUGUUGUCAGCACAUUCAACUAUGUAAAAAAAAAGUAUUUAAUAAGAUUAUUUCAUUCAUUCAGAUCUAGGAUGUGUUAUUUUAGUGUUCCCUUAAUUUUUUUGAGCAGUGUAUAUAUGCACAACACGCUUAUUUCUCUCCAAUGUUGUGCACACAUUUUUUUUACAUUCCUGUUAGUGAGCAUUUAAAAAAAUAUAUAUAUAUAUUUUUUGUAAUUUAGCAGACACUCUUAUCCAGAGCGACUUACAGUUAGUGAGUGCAUACAUACAUUCUUUUCAUACUGGUCCCCCGUGAGAAACGAACCCACAACCCUGGCGUUGCAAAUGCCAUGCUCUACCAACUGAGCUAAUCCAUCCACACAUCAAGAAGCUGAUUAAACAGCAUGAUCAUUACACAGGUGCACCUUGUGCUGGGGACAACAAAAGGCCACUUACUCUAAAAUGUGCAGUUUUGUCUCACAACACAAUGCCACAGAUGUCUCAAGUUUUGAGGGAGAGUGCAAUUGGCAUGCUGACUGCAGGAAUGUACAUCCAGAGCUGUUGCCAGAGAAUUGAGUGCGAUCUGCGGCCUCACAACCGCAGAUCACGUGAAACCACGCCAGCCCAGGACCUCCACAUCAAGCUUCUUCACCUGCGGGAUGGUCUGAGACCAGCCUACCUGGACAGCUGAUGAAACUGUGGGUUUGCACAACCGAAUAAUUUCUGUACAAACUGUCAGAAACCGUCUCAGGGAAGCUCAUCUGCGUGCUCAUCAUCCUCAUCAGGGUCUUGACCUGACUGCAGUUCGGCGUCGUAACCGACUUCAGUGGGCAAAUGCUCACCUUCGAUGGCCACUGUCACGCUGGAGAAGUGUGCUUUUCACGGAUUAAUCCUGGUUUCAACUGUACCGGGCAGAUGGCAGACAAGCGUUUAUGGUGUCGUGUGGGUGAGCAGAGUUCCCCAUGGUGUGGUUAUGGUAUGGGCAGGCAUAAGCUACGCACAACGAACACAAUUGCAUUUUAUGGAUGGCAAUUUGAAUGGACAGAGAUACCGUGACGAGAUACUGAGGCCCAUUGUUGUGCCAUUCAUCCGCCGCCAUCACCUCAUGUUUCAGCACGAUGAUGCACGGCCCCAUGUCGCAAGGAUCUGUACACAAUUCCUGGAAGCUGAAAUGUACCAAUUCUUCCAUGGCCUGCAUACUCACCAGCCUGAUCAACUCAAUGCAAAGGAGAUGUGUCGCGCUGCAUGAGGCAAAUGGUGGUCACACCAGAUACUGACUGGUUUUCUGAUCCACCCCCCUACCUUUUUUAAAAAGGUAUCUGUGACCAACAGAUGCAUAUCUGUAUUCCCAGUCAUGUGAAAUCCAUAGAUUAGGGCCUAAUGAAUUUACAGUGAGGGAAAAAAGUAUUUGAUCCCCUGCUGAUUUUGUACGUUUGCCCACUGACAAAGAAAUGAUCAGUCUAUAAUUUUAAUUAUAUAUUUUGCAUCUUCAAAGUGGUAGGCAUGUUGUGUAAAUCAAAUGAUACAACCCCCCCCAAAAAAACAUUUUUAAUUCCAGGUUGUAAGGCAACAAAAUAGGAAAAAUGCCAAGGGGGUGAAUACUUUCGCAAGCCACUGUACCUCCUACCCUUGCACAUAGACUCGGUACUGGUACCCCAUGUAUAUACAGUGAGGAAAAGUAUUUGAUCCCCUGCUGAUUUUGUACGUUUGCCCACUGACAAAGAAAUGAUCAGUCUAUAAUUUUAAUGGUAGGUUUAUUUGAACAGUGAGAGACAGAAUAACAACAAAAAAAUCCAGAAAAACGCAUGUCAAAAAUGUUAUAAAUUGAUUUGCAUUUUAAUGAGGGAAAUAAGUAUUUGACCCCCUCUCAAUCAGAAAGAUUUCUGGCUCCCAGGUGUCUUUUAUACAGCUAACGAGCUGAGAUUAGGAGCACUCUCUUAAAGGGAGUGCUCCUAAUAUCAGUUUGUUACCUGUACAAAAGACACCUGUCCACAGAAGCAAUCAAUCAAUCAGAUUCCAAACUCUCCACCAUGGCCUAGACCAAAGAGCUCUCCAAGGAUGUCAGGGACAAGAUUGUAGACCUACACAAGGCUGGAAUGGGCUACAAGACCAUCGCCAAGCAGCUUGGUGAGAAGGGGACAACAGUUGGUGCGAUUAUUCGCAAAUGGAAGAAACACAAAAGACCUGUCAAUCUCCCUCGGCCUGAGGCUCCAUGUAAGAUCUCACCUCGUGGAGUUGCAAUGAUCAUGAGAACGGUGAGGAAUCAGCCCAGAACUACACAGGAGGAUCUUGUCAAUGAUCUCAAGGCAGCUGGGACCAUAGUCACCAAGAAAACAAUUGGUAACACACUACGCCGUGAAGGACUGACAUCCUGCAGUGCCCGCAAGGUCCCCCUGCUCAAGAAAGCACAUAUACACGGCCGUCUGAAGUUUUGAAUGAUUCAGAGGAGAACUGGGUGAAAGUGUUGUGGUCAGAUGAGACCAAAAUCAAGCUCUUUGGCAUCAACUCAACUCGCCGUGUUUGGAGGAGGAGGAAUGCUGUCUAUGACUCCAAGAACACCAUCCCCACCGUCAAACAUGGAGGUGGAAACACUAUGCUUUGGUGGUGUUUUUCUGCUAAGGGGACAGGACAACCUCACCGCAUCAAAGGGACGAUCUACGGCACCAUGUACCGUCAAAUCUUGGGUGAGAACCUCCUUCCCUCAUCAGGGCAUUGCAAAUGGGUCGUGGAUGGGUAUUCCAGCAUGACAAUGACCCAAAACACACGGCCAAGGCAACAAAGGAGUGGCUCAAGAAGAAGUACAUUAAGGUCCUGGAGUGGCCUAGCCAGUCUCCAGACCUUAAUCCCAUAGAAAAUCUGUGGAGGGAGCUGAAGGUUCGAGUUGCCAAACGUCAGCCUCGAAACCUUAAUGACUUGGAGAAGAUCUGCAAAGAGUGGAACAAAAUCCCUCCUGAGAUGUGUGCAAACCUGGUGGCUAACUACAAGAAACAUCUGACCUCUGUGAUUGCCAACAAGGGGUUUUCCACCAAGUACUAAGUAAUGUUUUUCAGAGGGGUCAAAUACUUAUUUCCCUCAUUAAAAUGCAAAUCAAUUUAUAUCAUUUUUGACAUGCGUUUUUAUGGAUUUUUUUGUUGUUAUUUUGUCUCUCACUGUUCAAAUAAACCUACCAUUAAAAUUAUAGACUGAUCAUGUCUUUGUCAGUGGGCAAAUGUACAAAAUCAGCAGGGGAUCAAAUACUUUUUUCCCUCACUGUAUUUAAAUUGACUGAUUUCCUUAAAUGAACUGUAAUUCAGUAAAAUCGCAAAAUGUUUUGCAUGUUGCGUUUUAUAUUUUUAUUCAGUGUAUGUUGGGACGUGUGAAACUAAACCGUGUAUUACUGUUUUCCAGAAGAGCAAUGGGGAUUCAGAGCUCCAGGAGAUCAUGAGACGACGACAAGAGAAGAUCGAUGCCGGCAAGGACUGAUCUGGGCAUGCUCACUGAUUGUCAACCAAUCACAGCCCAGCGUGGCUGGUCACCAUAACAACCCUCUCCAGUACUAACCAACCAUAAGCCUUCCCCUCCCAAAGCGCCUACCCUUUCACAAACCAACGGCUUUUUAUCAGGCAAUUGACAUUUAAUAUUGGCAUGUACUAUAAAUGUUGUUAUAUACAUUUUUUAAAUUGUAUAUUUAUUUUUAUUGUUUGUGUAUGUUUACUUUUUCCUCUGGAAAUGAACUGUUGCUUUGUCUGACACUAACCACGUUUCCAUCCAACCAUUUCAUGCGGAUGAAUUACCUGAGUCACGACCUGGCUGAUGGAAACAUUAAAUACUGGUACAAUUUUAUAAAUGCCAACA